GGAAGCUCAGAUGUUAACAUCUGGACGAGACACUGUCGUUUAGAACCUUGCCUGUUUGUCUGCGUCCUACAGCCGCGCCCCUUUGUGUUACCUGAGCCCGACUGCUCCAAGAAGUGUUGACUUGAUCCUGUUCUGACUUGUUGGAAGGAGAAAUAACAACCCACGAGUUGUUGGAGUUAAAUCAGAGAGUAAAAGUGUUUUUUCUGUUCCUGCAUCCGAGACGACAAAGUGAAAGUGAAAGUACACUGAAGGUACGACGGCGGCUGCGGAGCAUACCUGUGAUUAUUCUGCUGCUCUGCAAUGGGUUGCUUUUAUUUCCUGGCCUCGUUCUUAUUUACCUCCUGCCUCGUUCUAGGUGCUGAACCGCCUACAAAAUAUGUCCUCAAGGGGACGGGGAGAGCUUGAAGCCGACCUUUUCUGGACAACCAAAUUCAAUUCUGUGGAGACAUAACGGAAACAAAGUGGUGGAGUUUGACAGCAGAGAGGAACAGGUGUACGGAGCGUACAAAAACAGGAUCACUCUCGACUGGGCCACAGCAGAGCUCGAAAUCACCGGCCUGAAGUUUGAAGACAGAGGACUCUAUGAAGUGGAAGUCGACAUCGACAACAUUUUCUAUCUGUCAGAAUUCAAACUGGAGGUCAUAGUUCUAGGUGCUGAACCGCCUACAAAAUAUGUCCUCAAGGGGACGGGGAGAGCUUGAAGCCGACCUUUUCUGGACAACCAAAUUCAAUUCUGUGGAGACAUAACGGAAACAAAGUGGUGGAGUUUGACAGCAGAGAGCAGGAGGUGUACGGAGCGUACAAAAACAGGAUUACUCUCGACUGGGCCACAGCAGAGCUCGAAAUCACCAGCCUCAAGUUUGAAGACAGAGGACUCUAUGAAGUGGAAGUCGACAUCGACAACAUGUUACGUCUGUCACAAUUCAAACUGGAGGUCAUAGACAAGGUUGCCAUGCCGACCAUAUCUUGUGAGAUAAACAAAGACGGUGGCUCCGAUGUUUCUGAGGUCCGGGCGACGCUGCUGUGCUCUGCAGACCCCACCCCACCUGAGUCCAUGAUGAAGUUUAAGUGGAGAGCACGGGGAAAAUCACAACCGGGACACAAGUUUAAUAUUUCUCUGGGAGACGAACGAGAUAACAAAGAAUACAGCUGUUCAGUCAGCAACCCUGUGAGCAGUGAGACGGCGACAUUCACAGCAAAGGAUUGUUAUCACGAUAAUUCAUCUGUAGCUGUGGCUGUCAGUCUGGCUGUCGUUGGUUUAAUCGUACUCGUGUUGAUCAUCUUCUUCUGCAAAAAGAGACAAAAAGCAUGUUUUUCUAAAGGACAACAGGAUGAUGAGGAGAAACAGACUGAAGGCUCAGAUAAGAAGAAGGCUCAGGGAGGUGAAACCAGUCCUCUUCUUGAUCAGCGACUCAAUAAUACUAUGAGCCCCAAUCACCCUGAUAGCAUGGUCAAAGAAGACACUGAAUUACUCUUGGAAAAAGGGAAUAUCAUGAAGAUGAUACGUGAAAUAGACAGACGGGCUGGUCAAGAACCUGUUGUAGAUAAGAAGCCACCAGAAGGUUUCGUCAAAGAGAAGAAAGAACAGUUUGAAGAAAAGGCUAAAAAACCUCAACAGCCUCAAAACAAAACAGAGCCAGAGAAGAAUCUAGGUAUGAGUGAGGAAGCAUCGACUGUCCCACUCAAAGAUCAAACCUCUCCUACUCUUGCCAACUCAAGUCCCCCAAAGACUGAGGAGGUCCAGAUGAGGACCCUAAGGACCCUGCUGGGGGUCAAAAGAACGGGUCUGACUCAGAGGAGGUCUAUGAAGACACUCAAGAUGAAUCUGACUCACAAACUGAUCCAUCAGGUACGCAACAGAACAGAAAUUAAUCAGACAAAGUCCUCUGUGAACAAGUCGUCCAGUGUUCCUCAUGAGGAAGGUUCAAAUACGACAUCACAAGAGCAAGAAUCUGCCACGCCAAAGGAAGAAGAAUCCACAGAAGAAGCUAAACCGGUCAAACUGGUUCCUCCAGCUGAAGAAACAUCCAAUUUAAUGAGUAAUGGAGAAGAAAUAGAUGAGAAACAGCAUUUAGCCAACUCAACAGAAGUGAACACCAGCAACACUGUCACAUUAAAAAAGGCUUCAGACACUCCACAUGCAGAUGAGGGGCAGAGCAGGCAGGACUCAG